CAGGGCUUUUGUUUUGAAAGUUCCUCCAUGUGUCUGUCGGCUAGUUUCCUGCUUCGGGCGUAAUGUCUUCUCAAGGACGGUAAAGCGUUCUUGUUCUCAACCAGUUCAACAUUUAAAAGCACCGUUAGUCAGUGGAUCCCACAAUGAGAAGUUUGUAUCUCCUGCUGACACCCACUCUGCUGCUCCUCCUGGCCCUUCCCGUCUCCAGGGGACGUUACAACGACGAGUUCGAUGAUGGAGAGGACCUCGCAGACUUUGACGACAAUGACUUUGCUGAGUUUGAGGACAUGAAUGAUGAGAUCCCAGCUGAGACAGUAACCGCCUCUCCUCCCAGCGCCCCGGUGUCCUCACAGCCUGAAGAAGAUGAAGACGAAGCAACUGUGGAGUUGGAGGAUGGUCAGGAUGGUUUUGAGGAUUCCGAAACACAAGAUCAAGACAUCUACAGCAAAUAUGACCAGGAGGAGUUUGAGGGGAUUGGAGACAUGGAGAAGACGAGCCACUCCAUGAAGGACCCCCUCAUAAUCCACACGGUUCCUGCACAUCUUCAGAACAGCUGGGAAAGUUACUACAUGGAGAUCCUGAUGGUGACCGGCCUGCUGUCCUACAUAAUGAACUACAUCAUAGGGAAGAACAAAAACAGUCGCCUCGCUCAGGCCUGGUUUAACUCACACAGAGAGCUUCUAGAGAGCAACUUUGCGCUAGUGGGUGACGACGGCACCAGUAAGGAACCCGUGAGCACUGGGAAGUUAAAUCAGGAAAAUGAACACAUCUACAAUCUGUGGUGCUCUGGCCGUGUUUGCUGUGAAGGCAUGCUCAUUCAGCUCAAGUUUUUGAAGAGGCAGGACCUGCUCAACACUCUGACCAGGAUGAUGAGGCCCACCUGUGAUCAAGUGCAAGUCAAAGUGACGCUUAAUGACGAGGACAUGGACACUUUUGUGUUUGCUGUCGGCACCAAGAGGGCCAUGGCGCGGCUGCAGAAGGAGAUGCAGGACUUGAGUGAGUUCUGCAGCGACAAGCCGAAGUCCGGGGCUAAGUUUGGACUUCCAGACUCGAUGUCUAUUCUGAGUGAGAUGGGUGAGGUCACGGACGGUGUAAUGGACAACAAGAUGGUACAUUAUGUCACCAAUAAUGCAGACAAGAUUGAGUCGAUCCAUUUCUCGGACCAAUUUUCUGGUCCAAAAGUUAUGCAAGAGGAGGGUCAGCCAUUAAAGCUGCCUGAGACCAAGAAGACAUUGCUGUUUACAUUUAACGUGCCUGGUAUGGGCAACACAUCUCCCAAAGACAUGGACUCUAUGCUGCCUCUCAUGAACAUGGUGAUCUACAGCAUUGAUAAAGUCAAGAAGCUGCGUCUCAACAGAGAGGGCAAACAGAAAGCUGACAAAAACCGGGCUCGUGUGGAGGAGAACUUCUUGAAGCAGACCCAUGCUCAGCGUCAGGAAGCAGCUCAGACACGCAGAGAGGAGAAGAAGAGGGCCGAAAAGGAGAGGAUCAUGAAUGAGGAGGACCCUGAGAGACAACGUCGUCUGGAGGAAGCAGCGCAGCGACGUGAGCAGAAGAAGAUUGAGAAGAAGCAGAUGAAGAUGAAGCAGAUCAAAGUCAAAGCCAUGUGAAAGAUCUUCAAGCGUGCAAACAGCAGCGCUUGGCUCCUUCCUUCAUCACAGUCCUCUACUCUUCCUCACAGUUGCUAUGCAGCUCCAGACAGACAACAUGCAUCUGUGGGUGUGACACUCCUGUUACCACCUGCUUCAUUUGAUGUGGUUUCACAUUUUAACUGAUCCAAACGAGUCUUUUUGAACCUCUAAUACAGCCGGAUUUUUCUUCAGUGCUCAUUAUGUUUAAGAGACGAAAAGUUUAUAAUUUAUCGGUGGUGAAAUAAUACACUACUUGGUGGUUUUGUUCUACAUUUUUAAUAAACUGAAACUGUUGCUGUAAUGAAUUAGAGAUAUAGUAGCAUUAAUGUCAUCUUUAAUCUGUAUUGUUAAAAAAAAUUUAAUAUAUUUACGUGCUAUGACUUUGGUUUCUUCCAGGCUGUUUCUAACAAUGAUCUUAAACAAUAAAUGUACUGGAGUCUGUUAGAAA